AUGUUACCUCUGCGGCCACAUCUUCUGCCGCGCUCCGUAGUUCGACAAUUGUCUUGUCGACAUGUCAGUUCAAACCUUGCACCACUAGCACGAGGUGGUAGGAAACCGAGCACAGGUUCUUCCCUCGUCCCAAUAUCAAAUUCCACAUGUUGGAAUCGAAAACUGGCGACAGCUGGCGCCGGAAAUGUUCGUCUAGUCGAUAGCGCUACGACAGCUGCAGUCAUUGGGGAUGAUACUCCUGCGCCGUACGAGCCGCCCACAACCGGUAUUCUGUCAUACCUUCCCGCGAAGGUGGUACCGUAUGCUGAACUCAUUCGUUUGGAGAAACCAUACGGAGGCCUAUACCUCUUCUACCCAUGCGUCUGGUCGACUUUGAUGGCCGCUACAAUGGCUACACCGAUUUCGCCACCAAUUGCUGCGGCGUCGACGAUUUUACUAUUUGGAUCCGGAGCCUUUGUCAUGCGAAGUGCAGGUUGUACGAUUAACGACUUUUGGGAUAGAAAAUUCGACAAGCAUGUCUCCAGAACACGGCAUAGGCCAAUUGCUCGCGGCGCUGUUUCACCGACACAAGCAUUUUGGUUCGCAGGGGCUCAGUGCAUGGCGGGCUUUGGCAUUCUACUUCAGUUCCCUGUCGAGGCUAUUCUCGCCGGCAUCCCGAGCAUUUUUUUGGUUAUCGCCUAUCCUCUAGCAAAGAGAGUCACACAUUAUCCUCAAUUCGUCUUAGGGCUGGCAUUCAGCUGGGGCGCUCUACUCGGGUUUCCCGCUAUGGGGGUGUCGUUAGUUGAUGGAUCAAUGGCAUUGGCUGCUGCUGGGUGUUUAUACGGAGCCAAUGUUUUUUGGACUGUUCUAUACGACAUCAUAUACGCUCAUCAGGACCUACGAGAUGACGUUAAGGCAGGGGUUAAGGGAAUCGUGGUUCGACACCCAGAAAUUACAAAACCGAUUAUGUCGGCUCUAAACGUCCUACAAGUUGGGCUACUUGCAGGAGCUGGUUAUUUCGCCGGACUAGGCCCUAUAUACUAUGCAUGGAGCGUGUUCGGCGCAGGAGCCGCCAACGGCUGGAUGAUCUGGAGGGCGAAUUUGAAGGAUGAGAAAGAAUGUUGGCAGUGGUUCAAGUGGAACAGCUGGAUGGUUGGUGGAGUUAUGGUUGGGGGCGGAUUGACAGCCGAAUAUCUUCUUGACUACUACCAGAGGGAUCCAUCCAAUGAAACUGCUCAUAUCAAGGAAAAUUCUGUCAUUCUAGCGGCUUAG